AUGUUGACCAUACGUGCGAUGGACGCCUUGCCACGUUCUGCCCCGUUUGGUUCAGAAAGAGAAAAUCUGAUGCGACAACCCUCGGCCGAAGACCUCGAUGCUGCCCAUCAACUCGUGUCCUCCGCUCGCGGAGAGCGUUCAGGAUCACAUGUUUUACAUGAUGGCCAUGCUGGCGACCAAGCGACUGAUACUCCCCGUCUGAAUCGGCCGAGCCCAAGGGCCGAAACCCGUGACCUACCUCGCCCAUCAAGCGAGUUGUCCGAUCAGAGAGAGGAUACCACUGGUCUAGGUCAAGUUUGCAGUAACUGUGGUACCACAAAAACCCCUCUAUGGCGACGGUCCCCAACAGGCACGACGAUAUGCAACGCGUGUGGGCUUUACCAGAAAACUCGUAAUGCUCCAAGACCUACCAGUUUCAAGCGACCGAGCUCAGCCACCCCUGCAGAGAGUCCUCGCCAAACAAGCAGGAGGUCGCCAGUCGCAGCAACUUCUCCAGCCCCUGCGCAAGCCCAGUUGUCGGGCAUCCCUUACCGGGUACCUGAACACACACCAGGAUCCUGUCCAGGUGGUGGAAACUGUAACGGGGCUGGUGGCGCAGAAGGCUGUGGGGGUUGUCCUGCGUAUAACAACAGAGUCGCAAGAUCUACCAAUGCUCCCUCUACCCCUGUGCCCUCUUUGCUGAAUCCAGUGGAGCCUUCACCAAGAAUCGAUCGCCCAAGCAAUGCAGAAACAUCCACCACCACUCCAGCCGCUCCCCCCGCCGCGCCUCAGUCGCGGUCCGGAGAACCUGUUUCCUUAGUCGUCGCAUGCAAAAACUGCGGCACCACCGUGACGCCCCUCUGGCGCCGUGACGAGCAUGGGCAUCCGAUCUGCAACGCGUGCGGUCUAUACCACAAGCUGCAUGGCUCGCAUCGGCCCGUGCAGAUGAAAAAGUCUACCAUUAAGAGGCGCAAACGAGUCGUGCCUGCGUACCCAGAUGUUCUUCGGUCGGACGGCAAUGCGUCGCAGAAGACUACGUCGACUUCUCCUGAACCAGUUUCUCCCGAACAAGGCAACCCUGAAACUUCCCGGGAUGAGUCUCCCGCCGCCAAGAGAAGACGGCCACCGCCGUCCGUGGACUAUACAGGCUAUGUGCCUGGACCUUCUGCGGCCGACGCUACCUCUGCCACACGCCAGCCCUCGGAUGACUACACAGUUCAGGCACGCCUCGCCGCCGCUGCCGCGGAAGGUAUGCAGCUCGAUCCUUUACUUAUGGAUGCCGGACGACGACAGCGAGAUCAACUGCCACGGAUUAGUGAGCCACCGGGCUCUACAAUCGGACAACACACUGCCGAAAGCGACCGAGAUCGAGAGCGUGAUCGAGAGCAGUGGCGGAACGAGCGUCGUGCUCAACUUAUGCGAGAAGCCGAGGUGAUGCGGGCAGCGUUGCGGGCGAAAGAACGGGAGAUUGAUGAUUUGACAUAG